AUGACACUAGCGCAAGUCGCUCUCUCCCAGCUAGCUAUAUGGGGUGCAUGGAGCGCAUUUAACAGUAUUGGCAUACGCUUCCUGCUGGAUGGCUUGUAUGCAUGUCCUAUCCGAGCGUUACGGCUGAAGCGUCCGCCGCCGCAGACGCCCGCUGCACGUUCUCAUUGGGAAGUCGCGCGUAUUUUGGUAGCUUGUCUUUACGUGCUGUACUGCCUAUACCGUGCGAUGCAGGGUAUGGAGACAAACAUAUACGCAAUAUUUGGUGUAUUGCCUACGUCGACAGACAAGGAUAUUAAGCGGCAUUACCGUGAACUUGCCAAAGUCUAUCACCCCGACAAAGUUGGUGCUACGGAUGAAGGCCAAUUUAUGCGCCUUCACAACGUGUAUUCCAUUCUUUCAGACUCUGUAUUACGCUACGCCUACGACAGAUUUGGUGUAUCAAUUACAUCGUGGCGGAACCUCAGCACACUCAACGAAUACAUGCGCGAAGGAAUUCAGAGCCGAUUGUUCUUCCAUUUCCACAUGCUGAUCUCGCAUGUCCUUGCUUGGGUUUUGUCGCUACGCUCGGAGUCUAAAUCUGUGGGCAUUGGAUCUUUAUGGGGCAUCCUUCUUCAGGGCUGCUUGUUCUUCUUCCAAAUGUCGCUUUUAGUCUCUGUGCCUCUAGCUGCGUCAAUAACCAAGUGGACGUAUAUGCUUCCCUUUCAACUGAUUACUUUGACCUCUGAACUGUUUUUCCCGUGUUUGUUGCUUUUGCAGCAGCUCAAUGUGAGCCUUAAUCAAUUAAUGACGACAGGCCGUAAGGCUCAUUUCCAGCGAGCCAGCAGUAAGGAGCCUGUUUAUGUGGAGUCAAUGCCGGAGCGGAGUCGUAUGCAACUCGAAUAUCUUUUACGCAAAGAGCCUGAAACGCUGACGGAAGCCAAGGAGCAAACCAAUCUACUACUGGGUACUAUUAUGCAGUUGCACGAAAGACUAGCUCGGCAUGCCACCGUUCCAGAAGCAACCACGACUCCUUCAUGA